AUGUCGGAUCCUCCUAGUAUGAGUUUACCUAAAGAAGAAGCGCCCAUUGACACUGAUGUCAAACCCGGCACAGGCGCCCGACGUGCCUCCGGUACCGCCAGGCGGUCGCGUCGUAAGAAGGAUGACGACCCUGACCCCAAGAAGAAGGACAAGGAACCCAAAGAGACUAAAGAAAAACCGGCCCGAGCUCCUCGUCGUCCACGAGAAAAAUCAAACAACACUGCUUCCAGGAAAAAGCCCAAGCUGGAGCCCGCGGCAGAGGAAACGAGGGCUCCGUUAGACGCCCGAAGCCCUCCAUACGCCCCUGCAACGCCUCAACCUGUUCAGCCCGCCCAGCCCGCUCAACCUACUCAACUUGCUCAAAUAUCUCAACCUCAACCUCCUCAGCCUCCUCAACCUACUCCAAUACCUUAUUCUAAUCCACACCCCCCUACAGCUCCAGGAGUUUCGUAUCCGCUGUCGCAACAUUCUCGCCCACAAUCGCAAUCGCAACCUCCAGUGCCUCAGCCACCACCUCAACGAACCAGCGGACAGAACUUCGACCCCAUUCGCUCUGCCUUUGACAAUCCAUCUCCAGCGCCGUCAUAUAGUCCUUCUGCUCGCGCGGUCUCUCCCCGCAAUGCUUAUCGUGCCAGUGCAUCGCCGGCGAUCUCAAGCAUUAUCGACCCGCCAGCCCAGAACUCUCAACAAAUAUACAACGCGCUUCAACGCUCUUCCUCUGGCCAUGCAUCUGGCCUCUCCUCGCCGGCGCCGCCUGCAAUGGCUCCCACACCCUCACAUACGUCCUUAGCACCAUCGCCCCUUCCCCUUUCCUCUACUUCCCGUGGAGCCAUGCAAAUCCCGCAGGCGAUGUCGCAGUCCACCCCCUACACCACCCCAUACCCGCCCACCGAACCGCGGCCAACACCAUCGCAAACCCCUAAACUCGAACCGUCUCCACCAGCGAUGCGCCAGCCUCAACCCCCCGCACAACCCGAACCCGCUGUGCAGUCAACUCCGCCCAAACAGCAACCAGCCGAAUCAAUGGAAAUAGACCCCAAAGAGCAGCCCGCAGCUAAAGAGCAGCCUGCAUCCAAAGAGCAGCCCGCAUCCAGUGCCAAAAAGGAAAAGAGCACAGCUACUGCGCCGGCAUCAAAGGCCUCAUCUCCUAAGCCAGCUCGCCCCGCUAAAGAAGCCCCCCAUCUGCCUCAAGGAUCUGGCUUGAUUUCCAACGCGCUAUUUGGCGGAGGGGAAGACUCGGCAAAGUCGCCCGACUCGCGUACCACACCCAACAUCAUCGUUCAUGUUCCGCUCCAAAAAGGUAACCAGAUUGUCAACUUUGCACGGCUUGCAGAAGAGCAAUAUGGCUUCGCUGCUUUGCACCCCCGUCUAGCUGCCCACAAAGCCCGCAUGGCUCGUGUGGCAGCUGCCGGGGCCGCGCUGGAACGAAAUGAUAAGAAUGCUAAAGGGAUUUCUGCCGGCGAGAGUGCCGACGAGGACUUGAGCCUCGAUGCGGAACGCGAUAGCGAUCUGGAUGGCGACGUCCCCAUGGGUGGCACUGGGGCAGGAACUAACGGUGCGCCCUCGGAGGCUAGCGAUGGCAAGAAGAAGCGACGCAAGAAGGUUGAGGAAUAUGACCGCGAUGAUCCAUUCGUGGAUGACACCGAAAUGGUUUGGCAGGAACAGGCUGCUGCUAGCAAAGAUGGGUUCUUUGUCUACAGCGGGCCGCUGGUUCCAGAGGGAGAAAAGGUCCAGGUGGAACGCGCCGAUGGCACAAUCAAACGUGGCCGUGGCCGUGGGCGAGGAACAGGUCGAGGUCGGACCGUGACCUCCCAUCCACACGUUCCUAUUGCAGCUGCUGUGCCCGUCUCCCAAGAUACUGGCCUACCAUUGCGUGGACCUGGCUCUCGGGGUGGUACUUCACGCCGCCCGCGAGGCAACAAGAAGACCGAUGGUGGCAGUGACCGCGCCGCUACUACUGCAUCCACCGCCCAUGAAAGCCGUGGUGGCCGUGGCGGCGGCAAUGGGACCUCUGGCCGCGGUGCAAGUAACAGCACCCGGGGUGGAAAAUCGUCUAUAUCCAUCCCGAUGCCCGAUAUUGCUCCUGCGCCAUCGACCCCAAGUGUUGCCCAUGCACCUCCUGGUCCUAGUCAGCUAGCUGGCCCGGAGCUCAUGAUGAAAUAG